UAAAAUUUCAAACCUCAGUCAGAGAAGUCAGACCUCGGUCCCACUCCUCCUCUCUCAUCAACCACCGAGAUUCGCGCAUGAGCUAAAAGCACCAACACCCAAAACCAUCAAAACCCCCACUCUCAAUCUCAACACAACUCUCAACUCAAACCAAACCCCCAUAAAAAAUCCCACAUUUCCAUUUCCAUUUCCAUUUCCAUUUCCCAUUGAUGGAAGAAAGGCCGGAGACGGAGCUGAUAUCCAUCCCAGCAACGCCGCGCGCCUCGACGCCGGAGAUACUCACCCCGUCGGGGCAGCGGUCUCCGCGGCGGGAGGGCGGCGCCGCCACCGCGAAGUCGUGGACGCCGACGUCCUUCAUAUCGCCCCGCUUCCUGAGCCCCAUAGGGACCCCCAUGAAGAGGGUGCUGGUGAACAUGAAGGGCUACCUGGAGGAGGUGGGCCACCUCACCAAGCUCAACCCUCAGGACGCCUGGCUCCCCAUCACCGAGUCCCGCAACGGCAACGCCCACUACGCCGCCUUCCACAACCUCAACGCCGGCGUCGGCUUCCAGGCCCUGCUCCUCCCCGUCGCAUUUUCCUUUCUCGGAUGGAGUUGGGGAAUAAUAUCGUUGAUCAUAGCCUACUUCUGGCAAUUGUACACGCUGUGGAUACUUGUUCAGCUGCAUGAAGCAGUUCCAGGAAAGAGAUAUAACAGAUAUGUAGAACUUGCUCAAGCAGCAUUUGGGGAGCGAUUAGGCGUCUGGCUCGCAUUGUUUCCAACCGUUUACCUUUCAGCUGGGACUGCAACUGCUCUAAUUCUAGUUGGAGGAGAGACCAUGAAGUUGUUCUUCCAAACUGUAUGUGGUCCACUGUGUUCCUCGAAUCCUCUGACCACGGUCGAGUGGUAUCUGGUAUUCACAUCUCUGUGCAUCGUGUUAUCCCAACUCCCGAAUCUCAACUCCAUUGCGGGGCUCUCACUCGUAGGGGCUGUCACAGCAAUCACAUACUGCACCAUGGUGUGGGUGCUUUCUGUGAGCCAAAACCGCCCCCCGACCAUGACAUAUGAACCGGUCUCAAUGCCCACCGUAUCAGCUUCCUUUUUCUCUGUCCUUAAUGCACUUGGAAUCAUAGCGUUUGCUUUCCGAGGCCACAACUUAGUCCUGGAAAUUCAGGCAACAAUGCCAUCAACCUUCAAAAAACCAGCUCAUGUCCCAAUGUGGAGAGGAGCAAAGGUUGCCUAUGUCUUCAUAGCUAUGUGCAUAUUUCCUGUUGCAAUCGGAGGUUAUUGGGCUUAUGGAAACCUCAUGCCUUCUGGAGGGAUACUAAAUGCACUGUUCGGAUUCCACAGUCACGACAUCUCUAGGGGCCUCCUGGCUGUAACGUUCCUACUUGUCGUCUUCAACUGCUUGAGCAGCUUCCAGAUAUACUCGAUGCCAGUGUUUGACAGCUUCGAAGCAGGUUACACGAGCAGGACUAACCGGCCCUGCUCAAUCUGGGUGAGGUCGGGUUUCAGGGUGUUCUACGGGUUUGUCAACUUAUUCAUAGGCGUUGCACUUCCAUUUCUGUCAAGCCUUGCUGGAUUACUGGGUGGACUUACGCUACCAGUGACGUUUGCAUACCCGUGUUUCAUGUGGGUUCUGAUAAAGAAGCCUCCGAAACACAGCUUCAACUGGUAUUCGAACUGGAUUCUCGGAUGGUUGGGUAUCGCCUUCAGCUUGGCGUUUUCGAUCGGUGGGAUUUGGAGCAUGGUUAACAGUGGCCUCAAGCUCAAGUUUUUCAAACCAAACUGAUGGUGGUGGUUGUCUAGUUUCUAUGAUGUUUGUAGUUUAUGAUAAUAGAUGUUUGUUGUAGUGUGUUUUUUAUCCUAAAAAAUGUGGUUUGAGUUGAGAGGGACAUACAUGUGUAUGAUAUUUGUGUGUGAAUUUAUGGUUUGGAAAUUAGUAUCAGUGUUUUUACCUUUUCCUUUGA